UUUUGGUAUCGUGCGGCGUGCGUACGUUGUUAACGGUUGUUUCUCUCGCUUGUGGGUGACGCGUGUCGCGACUUUAUGCGGUAACAUUUUCGAAUUGACUUACGCAUACGCUGUCGAGUGCCAUAUAUAUACAUAUUACGGUACGGUGUAAACCCAUUCAGCGUCUGAUUCGAAAAUAAUUACAUCUCUCUCACGUCGAACUAAAAUACUCGUAACAACAACAAAUUUUCCACUGGACUGUGUUGAGCUUUUGCGUGUUCCCUUUCGUCUUGCCUUCGCAUUUGACGCACAUUUCUUUUUGUUUUUGUCGGCGUUUUUUCUUCUUUCGUCUUUCGCUUUCGAUUUCCCAGUGAAAUUAAAAAUUAAAAACAACAAUUAACAUGGAAGCGGCGGAUAGCUACAGAUUUGGAAGCAUUGACUAUAUCGUGUUUCUGGGUAUGAUCAUUUUGUCCACAGGCACUGGCAUUUAUUUUGGCUGCAUAAAAAAGAGUAAAAAAUCUAUUGUGGAUGUGGAGCCAACGCUACCCACCUCAAUUAGCACCACAACUACUAGCAGUACGGAGACGCGAAAACAUGACUUUGGUUCGGAGAAGAUGAGCGAAUAUCUGCUGGGAUCGCGACAACUGAAAGUAUUCCCUGUUGCCAUGAGUCUUAUAGCUAGUUAUGUAUCGGGCGUUACAAUACUGGGCACUACAUCCGAGAUAUAUAACUAUGGCACACAGUACUGGUUUAUAGCCAUUGCCAUCAUACUUCAGGGAAUUGCCGUCUCCUACAUCUACAUACCAGUAUUUGCGACUCUUCAAGUCGGCUCUUCAUACGAGUAUCUGGAAAUGCGAUUCCACUCAGUUAUACGUAGCAUAGCUUCAUUUAUGUUCAUUUUGGAUGAGAUACUUUUUUUGCCAUUUGUUGUGUAUGUGCCGGCCAUAGCUUUGAAUCAAGUUUCUGGCAUAAAUUUGCACGUAAUAUCAACGGUGAUUGUAAUCGUGUGUGUUUUCUACACCUUUGUUGGAGGCAUUAAGGCUGUGGUGCAUACGGAUGCCUGGCAAACCCUUGUCAUGUUCCUAUCUGUGGUGGCUGUGGCCGCAUUGGGCACCUAUUAUGCCGAUGGUCUGGACAAACUCUUUGGAGAUGCAGCCAAGGGAGGUCGUCUAAUAUUUUCGAAUGCGGAUCCAUCGCCAUAUGUGAGGCACACUGUCUGGAGUGUGCUUAUUGGCGGCUUCUCCUACUGGACAUCCUUCAAUGCCGUCAAUCAGACCAUGGUGCAGCGUUACAUGUCGUUGCCUUCAUUGAAACAGGCGCGCGCCUCAAUGGCCAUAUUCACAAUUGGAGUGGCUGCCUUUGUUUCCGUCUGCUGCUAUGUGGGAUUGCUGAUCUUUGAAAUGUACCAGGACUGUGAUCCACUGAGUGCAGGUCUUAUCACACACGAUGAUCAAUUACUGCCACUUUAUGUGGUGCAGAGUGUAGGACACAUUCCUGGCAUGUCAGGACUCUUUAUUGCGGGCAUCUUUGGUGCAGCUUUAAGUUCACUAUCCGUGGUAUUGAACUCCACGUCGUUGGUCAUCCUGCAGGACAUUGUGCGCGGCUGCUUCAAGAUGCAGCCAAGUGAGCGCGCCUCCACCGUGCUGGUGAAGACAUCCGUCAUAGUGCUGGGCGUGGUGGCGCUAUCGUUGGUCUUUGUGUUGGAGCAAUUGAGUGGCAUACUGAGCAUCUGCACCUCCAUGACGGCCAUUGCUGCGGGCACCACGUUUGGCCUGUUUACGUUGGGCAUGCUAGUGCCGUGGGCCAACAAUGUUGGGACUGCCGUUGGGGGCAUUGCUGGUGCCUUGCUCGCCGGUUGGAUAUCUUUUGGUACACAGAUUACCAUAGCAGCGGGAGGUCUCAACUCUCAGAAGCUUCAUGUUUCCGUGGAGAAUUGUGCAGCGAAUGUGACUCUGCCCGAAAAUGUUUGGGUGAAUGAGGAGGAGGUGUUUCCAUUGUAUCGUCUUAGCUAUCAUUGGAUCAAUCCGAUUGGUGUGGCAACGGUUAUACUAGUUGGUGCUACCGUCUCACUGUUCACUAAGCCGACAGAGCUAAAGACUCUCGACCCGGAUCUGAUAUCGCCAGUUAUACACAGAUGUCUGCCAAAGGAAUGUUUUGCCAGACGCAACCAUUAUGCGCAGGCGCAAACGAACCUCCUGAAUGGCCAAUAAAUUGGAUGAAUAUGCAGCGAGAGUAAGCUGCAAUUGUACAUAUAGAUACAUGCCUCAAUUUCACAAAACAAAGCAACAAA